UUUCAUAUUCUCAUCAUCAUCUAGAAUAUUAAACUUUCUAUCUCACACACUCGUACACACACAUUUCAAAUCCAUGGCACCUCAUCAACAAUAUUAUUCCUUACAACUCUUCAUUCUAUUCACUUUUUUCCUUCAUUUUCCCAUCUUCACAAAUUCGCAGUCAUUUAUCGGCGUAAACUACGGGCAAGUGGCAGACAACUUGCCGGCGCCGGAGGCAACGGCUAAACUGCUGCAAUCAACAUCCAUAGGAAAAGUGAGGAUGUAUGGAGCUGAUCCAGCAAUAAUUCGUGCGUUAGCGAAUACGGGUAUCGGGAUAGUGAUCGGGGCAGCAAAUGGGGAUAUACCCGCAUUGGCUUCUGAUCCGAAUUAUGCAACUCAGUGGGUUAACUCGAACGUGUUGGCUUAUCCGGAUAGUAAUAUCAUUGUUAUUACAGUUGGUAAUGAAGUUAUGACUGCCGUUGACCAAAGUCUUGUGUCUCUUUGUCUUCCUGCCAUGCAAAAUGUCCAAAAUGCCCUCAAUGCCGCAUCAUUGGGUGGGAAGAUUAAGGUUUCAACGGUCCACUCGAUGGCAGUACUGGCAGCCUCGGACCCACCUUCUUCGGCAACGUUUAAUUCUGGGUUCAGUGAUACAAUGCGAUCACUCUUGAAGUUCCAUAGUGCAAAUGGGUCACCUUUCAUGAUCAACCCUUACCCGUUCUUUGCUUACCAAAGUGAUACACGACCUGAAACACUGGCAUUUUGUCUCUUCCAACCCAACGCAGGCCGAGUUGACUCAGGCAAUGGUAUCAAGUACAUGAACAUGUUUGAUGCACAGUUGGAUGCUGUGAGGUCGGCUCUAAAUGCAAUGGGAUUCAAGGACAUUGAAAUCGUGGUUGCUGAAACAGGAUGGGCUUACAAGGGUGACGUGAAUGAGGCUGGACCAAGUGUGGAUAAUGCUAAAGCGUACAAUGGUAAUUUGAUCAAUCACCUAAGGUCAAAGGUUGGAACGCCAUUGAUGCCAGGAAAGUCUGUUGAUACAUACAUCUUUGCACUCUAUGAUGAGAACUUGAAGCCUGGGCCCGGCUCUGAGAGAUCAUUUGGGCUUUUUAAGCCUGACCUCUCCAUGACUUAUGACGUGGGUCUGUCGAAGAAUAGUCAGACUCCGACAUCGCCUACAACACCUACAACUCCGACAAUACCUUCGCCAAGUCAAACAACAGGAUGGUGUGUACCCAAACCAGGAGUCUCAGAUGCACAACUGCAAUCAAAUCUAGACUACGUGUGUAGUCAAGGUCUUGAUUGUGGUCCAAUUCAACCCGGUGGUGCCUGUUUUGAGCCUAAUACAGUAGCAGCCCAUGCUGCUUAUGCUAUGAACCUCCUUUAUCAAACUGCUGGCAGGAACCCAUGGAAUUGUGACUUCCUUCAAACAGCUACACUUACAUCCAACAAUCCUAGUUACAACAAUUGUAUAUACCCUGGUGGUAGAUAAACUUCUAUGUUGUUCAUUAUGAAAAGAUUAUUUAAAUCCAUGAAAUUCAAGGUAUCAAAAAAAUGAAGAGUGGAGACAAAUAACAGCAAGUUAAAAUGCUUGAUGGCCCAUCUUUCUAUAGACAGGGUAACUAAAUUAUGUUAAUAACUAUCUCCAAUAAAUAUUCAAUUAACUUAUUAUAUUUUUUUUAUAUUCAUUUUUGCAUCUUAAAUAUCAAAGAUGGGGUUACGCUUAGAA